AUAAAAAGUAUAAAUUCUCCAUUUCUUUAAUAUAACUUAUUUAUGAUUCGGCUAACUGCAAGCAGAUUGUGUGUGUUUUAAAAGUCAGAAACAUGAAAUUUUUAGCUAAAAUGAAACUAUGCAUAAUAGUAUUCAUGAUGAUUACCUGCGUCUUUGCAAAAGAAAAACGAGCUAUACCAGGAUGGACAAAAGCUUAUACAGUAGCUAUCAAAUCGUUUACCAAUGGAAAGUUUGUAUGUGCUGAAAACAUUGGAAAUCAAUCAUUAAUUGCCAAUAAAAACUCUAUUGGUUUAUGGGAAACUUUUGAAAUUCGUUUCACUAACGCACAAACAUUUGCAUUGAACUCUUUUGCAAAUAAAAAGUUUGUCAGUGCAGGUAGAAAUAACUUGCUUAUUGCCAAUAAAGACCAGGCUACAGUGUGGGAGACUUUCACCUUAGUUCCAAAUUAUGGAACCUUUGGAUUUAAAUCAAAUGCUAAUGCAAAACUUGUGAGCGCUGAAGAAGCAGGAAACAAACCGCUUGUUGUUAAACGCAACGUUCCUGACGUCUGGGAAAUGUUCAGCUUGGUCUACGUCUGGCCAUCAGUACAUAAAGUGGCAAUAAAAGCAUUAGUUAAUGGUUUAUUUGUUUGCGCUGAAAAUGCCGGAAAGCAAUCGUUAAUUGCUAACAAAGUUCAUAUGCUCCUAUGGGAAACAUUUGAAAUUCGCUUCACUGACCCCCAAACAUUUAGUCUUAAGUCUCUUGCAAACAACAAAUUCGUUUGCGCAGACAAUUAUGGAUAAUCUCCUCUUAUUGCUAAUAAAGAACAUAUUGAUUCAUGGGAGACCUUUACGCUAGUUCAAAAUAAGGAAGGUGUUGCUUUCAAAUCACACGCUAAUGGAAAAUUUGUGACAGCAGAAAACGCAGGAAAUAGUAACCUAAUUGCCAAACACGAUAAUCCUGAUACUUGGGAAAGAUUCGUUUUUAUUUACUUGUGA